UAGUGAAUCGACGAAUAUUCAAUCUGCGCUUAUAAUUUCAACAAAACAAAACUGUUGCUUUUGUCAAUAGGUCAAAACAUUAAUAAAUAGUGCAAAAACAUAAAUUACACGAAGCAAAAAUUACAUGAAAUAGUAUUAAUCAACAAAAUGAAUACGGUUAUGAAAGACAUUUUUACUCGCAUGAAACCAAUAUGUGAUGUGAUGAUGGUUAAUCCUUCUAAAGAAAAUGUAGCCGGCUUCGUGUCUAUUGUAAACGAACUGGAUAGUGAUCAUAUUCAAGAGCUGCAACAAUACCUUUUAUAUCCACUCAUUACUCACAUCAGGUCAAGAGAGAUGAAAGGCAAACAUGAAAAGCAAAAAAAUAUUGUUGAUGCCAUGACAGUUGUGCUAGAAAAGGUACAAAUAAAAAACAUGGAGAUGUGUAUAAAAAUUUUAACCGGCUUCAUGCCUUUGAUAUUUGAUAAAACAAGACCAGGGAUGAUUGCCGAUGUACCAGAGGAGUUAAAACUAAGUGCAAUGAAAUGCCUCACAGCACUAAUGCUCGGUAUUGACCAAGCUGUUAGGAUAAAACUAUUUAAAAACCAAGUACCACUACUUGCACAGAUCGUUUUUGUAUCUGUGCAUAUUGCAAAACUUGAAAAGUUAAGAUCACUUAGAUUAGCUGCAAUAAAAAACAUGACAGCUUUCACAGCUAUCCAUGACAAGCUAACAGACAGUACUUAUCAAAUAAAGGACAGUAACAUUGAAUAUGUAGUUGUGGACAUGCUUUCAAGCAUAUUGCCGGGUGUACUUUCUGCUUUGCAAGAUAUUGCCAUGGACACACAUAAUCCGGGACAUGCUGUAGUUGUUUCAGCUCUAAACACUAUCCACCGUGUGAUCUGUACAACAAUGAAUGACAAGUUGUUACCAAAGAAAUCCAGUGUAACAGCCAAAGACUUUGCGGACAUGAUCGCUGAGAAGAUGAAUUGCAUAGACAAAGAUGUAAGCAGCAAGGGUCUAAAGGACAUAGUCCGUCGAUCACCGGAGUGGUUUAGUAUGGCAGGUGACAAGCUGUCACUUGUCGUGCGCAGUCUUGUCCCGCUCAGUGCGCACGAGCACGUCAAAGUGCGCAAAGAACUUGCAGUCCUUUGCGCCAGGAUAUUGAACGAGUGCAAUCAAUCAAUGCAGCCAUCAAUUCCUAUAGUUCUAGAUGUAUUGCUGUCCCUAUCUAACGACAGCUAUCCUCAAGUAGCGCAGUACUGCUCUCGCGUUCUCAAGAUUUACUUCACGGAAUCGCCCAAAGAGAAAAUUGUAGACACUUUAGAUACAUUGUGUGAAAACUUUCUCAAUGUACUAACUAAUUUGCCGAGAGUUUUGAAUAAUAUUAAUUCAAGUCGCAAGUUGGUUGGUCUGGAUCUGGUGUACGGGUACAUGCGUGUACUGAGCUACGGACGCGGCGACCGACUGACGUCAGCGCUGACGUCACGCGGUGGUCUGCCCGCACUAUGCGACGCGCUGCGACACGCUGCCGCACUACACACGCAACGCGUCUCCCUCGCUACACGCGCACACGCUGACACCGAUGUUACAGAACUAACAAGCAACCCACUGACCACGUCUCCGUGGUUGGAGUUCCGUCACUUGGACAACGCUGCUUGCGUGUCUCGGCUGCGGGAGAUCUGCCAGCUGGUGGGGGGCGCAGACUGCGCACAUCUCGUGCUGGACCAUCUACUGGAUCUCUUUCAGCAGAGGGACUGCGAACUGGCUUACAUCAUCAAUUGUAUUGGAUCCGCACCGAAAUCCUCGCCGACCCUCGCCAAGCGAAUCCUGGAUAUAUACCUGGAGGAGGAUCUGUGGUACCUCCCGUUGGAGCUGGAUGUAGAGGAGACAGCACUCAGCCAGGAAGAGACCUUAGAUGUUAACGUAUACAAUCCUAGAGGUUGGACUAAGGAUAGUGUUCCAGGUUUGUUUGAGGGUGCGACAGAAGUGCGCUACACCGGCAUCAGCUACCAGCAGCCGCGCCCCCCGCCCGGUGCAGUGGGGGGUACUGUGGGGGGCGGGGGGUGCCGCAACACGGCGCAGCUGCAGCGCAACCUGGUGCUCAGUUGUCUGCUCACUGAGGGUGUGGGGGAGAUGGCUACCGUCCUCAAAGAACACUUCCAGCCUUACCUGAUGAAGACCUUGUGUCUGCUGCUUGAGAGAGUGGGCAGUCGUUACGAGAUGCUGCAUAGAGCAGGUCUGCAGGCGACAGUGUCUGUGUCUGUGGCGAGCGGACACGCGGGCGCGGGGGAACUCAUCGCUGCUAAUGGCGACUAUCUCACCAGUCAUAUUACAAAUAAACUUAAAAAGGUGUGGAACAUUCAGUCAGCUCUGGAGAUCUUGUCUGUGGUGAUGAGGUACAGCGACACCGCAAUACUGGACUACUUGUACGGCAUCGUUGAUGACGUGCUGGUUCAAAGCUGCGAUAAAUAUCACGAAAAAGAUCUCUACGCUUAUUUACAAGUGUUUCUGACAUUUAUCACAUCUAUAAGAAAAUGGUUUCACAUAGAAGAAGAAAGAAUUAUAUCAAAGGAAAUUGAAUUACCGAAUGUAUUAAAGGAUGUUCUAGAAUUUGCUAAGAAUCAAAAAGAAGUAGAGGAAAUGAUAGAUAAAGAUGAUGUUGAUAAGAAGAGUGCUCAGGAGAUGUAUUUAGAAGAUGUAAAGAGUAAAGAAGAUAACGAAUUGGAUUAUGAUGAUACUGUUACAAAAGAGACACCUCCACUACCUCGUCACAUAACAGUGACAGUGUCCAUAUUGCGACGUACGAUCAACUUCGUGACGUCAGAGCGACGUGACGAGAGCGUGUUGGCGCUGCGCGUGCUGCGCUGCGGUCUGGUCCUGCUGCAGGACCACGAGGACCAGCUGCUGCCGCUGGUACACGCAGCGUGGUCUCCGCUCAGUGCCACAGUGGUCCAGCCUCCGGUCGCUAUGGCGGCGCUUGAUCUACUCGUCACCAUGGCAACGCUGUCCAAAGAUUUUAUAAGAAGUCGUGCCUCCAAAGAUGUGCUGCCACAUAUAUACAAAUAUCUAAAAACAAGUUCAUCUGAGAGCUUAUUGAAAGACAAGGGGUCUGCAUAUCGUCUGAGUGCGAAGUACCGGCUGCAGGAGGCCAUGUUGCGUGCAUUGUCACCUCUACUGCUGCAGCUAGGGGUAGAAGAGAUAGAGCUAGGGACGGCAAUGGACUCUGUUAUACCUUAUCUAUCUAAGAAUCAACCGCUACCUCUCCAGGAAUUAUCAAUGAAUUUCUUCAGUGAAAUUUUAUCAAAUAAUUAUGGCGUUGUGUGGUACUACCUGCGCACUUUCUGCAACAACGAGCGCGCGCUGACACCGCCCCGUGACGUCAUACUGCAGCUCUGUGACGUCAUCGGCACACCCUACAAGUGUACGAACACCGACUACGAUAAGAAUAUCAAAAUGCUAUUCAAAAAGCAUAAAUGUUAAGAUAAUUUUAAUAUUGUAAAAUAAG